AUGCCAACACGGUACAAUAUUGGUACUCGAAUAUGUUCUCAGUCGAUGUGUGUUACAGUUAUGGAACCACGAAUUCUUGCAGGUCAUCAUAUCGGAUACAACGUUAUCCGAGGAUGUGCUUCAUCGGUAUUCAGACACGGUCGUGUACCACUUGGUCAAACCGGACAAGUUAAAGUUGGUAUGUUUAACAGCAAAACAAAACAAAACAAAAAAAAAAGCUUGUUUUAA